GGCGGAGCAGUGGGAACGUGCGACCGGUGCCACCGUGUGCAGAACCAGCUCCGCUGCGUAUACUGCUUGGAGCCUGUGGACGCUCUUUUCCCGCCGUGUCUGUCCUGCGGAUGCGCGUUCCACGAGGACUGCCUUGCAGAGUGGCACGCUGCGGGCGAGACAUUUUGCCCGGCGGGAGACGAGUGCAACUGCGUUGAGGAAGCCAUCAACGGCCAGGUCGAGUCGUGGGCCGCUCUCCAAGGCGCCAUGAAGAAGUCACAGCCCAAGCCAAUGAUGCUGCCGGGAUCAGCCAUGGGCGGCAGCGAUGAAGAGGACGAGAAACACCGCAAGGGGAGCGCCAACGGCGACUGGGAGCGAGUUGGCAGGAACCUGCCGAGCAGGGCACAAGGUGCAGCAGCAGCGACGACGCCUGGGCUGAGUUUUGUACGAUUCAAGACGCCUACGGGCGCGUGGUCGAGGGCCUCGAGCCAGAGACGAAAUGCGAAGAAGGGGAACUAG